AUGGCUUCCCAAACUUCUGAAUCACGACCCAAAAUUGCUUUAAUAACAGGGAUUACGGGACAGGAUGGUUCUUACUUGGCAGAAUUACUAAUCAAUAAAGGUUAUGAGGUUCACGGAAUCAUUAGGCAAUCAAGUUCAAUUACUACUGGUCGAAUCUCUUAUUUGUAUGAAGAUCCCAAAACUCAUACAGCUAAAGCUAUAAAGUUGCACUAUGGUGAUUUAACUAAUAGUAAUUGUUUCGUAAAAAUUAUUUCUUCGGUACAGCCAGAUGAAAUUUAUAAUUUAGCAGCACAGAGUCAUGUCCAAGUUUCAUUCGACUUAAGCGAGUACACCGCUGAUGUAGACGCUAUUGGUACGUUGCGCGUGAUCGAUGCUAUUCGGACCUGUAACUUCAGUAACAAGAUUCGAUUCUAUCAGGCCGCUACCAGCGAAUUAUAUGGGAAAGCCAAUGAAAUACCCCAGAAAGAAAUUACGCCGUUCUAUCCGCGAUCACCCUAUGGUGUUGCUAAAAUGUAUGCUUUUUGGAUUGUUGUAAACUAUCGUGAGGCCUAUAAUAUGUAUUGUUGUAAUGGUAUCGCAUUCAAUCAUGAAAGUCCAAGAAGAGGAGAGACAUUUGUUACAAGGAAAAUUACCCGUGCAGUUGCUAAAAUAUAUUUAGGUUUGCAAGAGGAGGCAAUGUGGAUGAUGCUGCAGUGUGACAAACCGGAAGACUUUGUUUUAGCUACCGGUAAAACACACACUGUGCGUAAUUUUGUUGAAGCUGCUUUUGUUAUCGUCGGAAUAAAAAUUGGCUGGAAAGGUUCUGGAGUUGAUGAAGUUGGUGUUGAUGAAGAAAGUGGUGUAGUUCGCGUUCGAAUUAAUCCUAAAUUUUAUCGCCCUGCAGAGGUAAAUUUCUUGCAAGGCGAUAAUACCAAAGCUCGUGAAAAGUUGGGAUGGAAACCGAAAGUAACAUUUCAGGAGCUUGUUGCAGAAAUGGUUAUAUCAGAUAUUGAAUUAAUGAAGAAAAAUUUAGAAGUUUAA